GGCUUGUUAUUCUGAUGGUAAACUGGUUCCGCCGAGGCCUGGAGCUAGUGCUGAACCGAAAGCAUGUGCCGGUAAUAAUGGGACACAAAUAACAGCAGAGGAUCUUUUUUAUAAUGUCCCAGCACGUAAGAAGGCUUUGAAGAAUCCGAAUGAUGAAUACAAUAGAAUUUUAGACGUCGUUAACCGUUAUGCUAUUCAUAAUUCUGGUAUUAGCUUUUCAUGUAAAAAGCAAGGUUCGAAUCAAUUCGAUAUAAAUAGCUUAUCGACGGCAUCUAAAUUAGAAAACAUUCGUCAAAUAUAUGGAAGUACUGCUUCUGAAUUAUUAGAAUUGGACAAGCAUUUUCACAAAUUGGAUUUCAAAGUUCAAGGAUAUAUUUCCAAUGCGAACUAUAAUCUAAAGAAAAUGAUUUUUCUACUAUUCAUUAAUAACAGAGCUGUAGAAAACACAGCACUGAAAAGAAAUAUCGAGGGGGUAUACGAAACCUAUUUACCGAAAAAUUCUUAUCCAUUUGUAUAUUUAAGUUUGGAGAUAAAUCCACAAAAUGUUGAUGUGAAUGUGCAUCCUACAAAACGCGAGGUCCGUUUUUUAAAUGAAGAAGACGUCGUUGCGGCCGUUGGGGACGCGAUGCAAGAAAGUCUUGUAGGUGCUAAUUGUUCUCGAAUUUUUUUGACUCAGACUCUAUUGCCUUGCUCGAAGCCAUUAGAAGUGAACGGAAAUGAAUCAGAAAAUUCAUUUAAGAAACCUGGUUCAAAAAUAUUAACUUAUAAAUAUGUCAGGACUGAUAGCCGUGCUCAGACAUUGGAUCAAUUUUGUACUCCUGAAAACGCGUCAAACAUGAUUUGUACACCACAAAAAAUUGACAAAGGGAAGAGUCCUGAGGUGGCAACGUCUUCUGGUGAAAGCGGGGGUAAUCGUAGUAAAAAUGCGGGACCCGUAAACUUGAAACGGAAACGUGAACGAAUUGAGGUAAAAUUAACCAGCAUAUUGUCACUGCGUAGCCGUUGUGUAGAGAAUGAACAUAAAGGACUAACAGAAUUACUUGCGAAUCACACAUGGGUUGGAUGUGCCGAUGAUUCUUCAGCUUUGGCUUUGAUACAGCACCAAACAAAGCUUUAUAUGGUCAACUAUAAUGUCAUCAGUGAAGAAUUAUUCUAUCAAUUGACUCUUCAGGAGUUUAACAAUUUUGCGUUUAUCCAUUUAUCCACGCCAGCCCCAAUUAAGGAACUCAUAAUCUUUGCCUUAGAAUCUAAUGUCCAGCCAUCUGAAAAUUUAAAACCUAAUCAAGAAAUCGCACAGAUCAUCGUAGAUACAUUAAUUUCACGGAGGCAGAUGCUGUUGGAAUACUUUUCAUUAUCAAUUAAUGAACAGGGUGAAUUACUUACCUUGCCGUUAAUACUCAAAGGCUAUGCUCCGAAUCUGGAUAAGCUUCCGACAUUUUUAUUACGUUUGGGUUCUGAAGUCGACUGGGAAACGGAAAUAGGAUGUUUCGAAACACUUUCACGUGAAUUCGGUUUAUUUUACGCGUCAGAACCACCAUGCUGUUUCCAGGAAAGUGUGGAACCUGAAGAUGCCAAUUUAAUGGAAGUUGAUUAUUCGGAAAAUCAAAUUGAAAAUGAAAGUCCUUCCACGAGUAAAAACAUCGAUCAAACCGCUGGACAGAAACGAAUUGCCGAAAUUUCUAGACACCGUUGGCAAAUCGAGCAUGUUAUUUUUCCAACGCUGAAAACAAAUCGAUUUGUUGCUCCAAAUUAUAUCGCCGAAAAUCACGUUAUCCAAAUAGCCAAUUUACCUGACCUGUAUCGCGUAUUCGAACGUUGCUAA